AUGGAUGUUCGACCCAAUUCUCCUCUUUCCGUUGCCUCUGUAUCUUCUGGAAGCGAUGAUGUCGGCGGUUCUGAUUCAGAGCGAAGCGCUCCCUUGCCCAAGCCUAAGUACCCUCUGAAUUUGGAGCUCGACGAAUUAUGGGAGAAUUGUCGACUUUUCGCUGGGAAAGCGAGGGAUAUAAAUUCUCGGAUUCAUCCUCUGGACCUUGCUCUGGUGCUGCUCUUCGAUGGUCUUCAAGACCCCGACCUUGAUCCCCGGCUGAUAGCUGCCAAGACCGAGCACAAGUCCAAAGUGGAGAGACCUCUCUUUUGGACUGCUAUAUCACGAGCACGCAAAUUCAGCCCACCAGAAUCCCUAGAUGCUCACCUGCAGAAUCAUAUCUACUUGAAGAGUGAUGUAGAACCAUCCAUUCAUAUGUCAAUUGGCCAAGCCUUUUGGGCCAAAGUGCAAGAGUUGGACUCCCCUCAUUUUGAGCCUCCCUCGGUGAACGUCGACGGAAACAAUGUGAUUCUCGAGCAUUGCUGCGAGGCAACCAGGUUGGUCCUGGAUCAGGCCAAGACCUUUGCUGAUGAUUCUGGUGAUGCAUUCCUUGCUCCUCAUCACCUCUUGCUCGCCCUGUUCAUGCAAGAAGAUAUCAAGCAAAUUCUCGAGACAGAUCAUCAUCUCGACACGAAGGUUCUCGCGGCCAUAGUUCGAGACUUACGCAAAGAGAAUGUCUCUAAUCACGAGGAAGAGCCGAGAUUCGCAUUUCUGAACGAAUUUGCGAUAGAUGUAACGAAGAUGAUGCAAGACAAACUGGAUAAGGGCGAAGAGAUAGAUCCCAUCGUUGGUAGGAACUACGAGCUUCGUCGUCUCGUCUCAAUCCUCUCUAGACUGACGAAGAACAAUGCUGUCCUUCUCGGUGAUCCUGGAGUUGGAAAGACGGCCAUCGCAGAAGGGUUGGCGUUGAGAAUCAUCCAGGGACAAGUUCCGGAAUCUGUGGUGGCUCGUGUGUUCAGCCUGGAUCUUGGAGCGCUACUGGCAAGUACAGCGUGUAAAUCGGCCUAUGAACAUAUCCUUCAACGAAUUCUUGAUGAGAUCGCUCAGCACGAAGAUCGGGGCAUUAACGUGAUUUUGUUUAUCGACGAGCUGAGCCAGCUUACUAUCGGAGGGUACAGAGGGGAUGGAGUGGGCAUAGAUGCAGCUACCCUCAUGAAACCUUUCCUCACAGCGGGAAAGCUGCGUUGCGUAGGCUGUUCGACGUUCGAGGAUUUCCGAAUGUCUAUUGAGAAGGACGGUGCCCUUGCUCGCCAAUUCUCCUAUGUAUACGUCUGCGAACCCACCGUCAACGAGACCAUCAAGGUGCUUCGCGGGCUCAAGAAUGGGAUGGAGAAAUUCCAUGGUGUCAUCAUUCUUGAUGAGGCUAUGGAGGCGGCUGCGUCUAUCGCGUCACAGUUCUUCUCUCACAAACGGCUACCCGACUCUGCCAUUGACCUCGUCGACGAAGCAUGCUCGUACAUCAAGAUUGGCCGCAACGAAAAGUGGGAGAGGCUCGGGAAGCUGAAGAGGGCACAAUACGUUCUGCAGAUGAAUAUCCACUCCUGGGAGAACGAGGUAGAUGAAGCUAGCGAUAAGGAACUGGAACAGGCCCAGCAGGAGAUGGAGGAUCUCGAGAGGCAGAUUGAAAGUUUCACCACCACUACGCUUAAGACGAGGACUCGCCUUACGAAGCUUCAGGAACUGGAGGACAAGAUUAAGGACUUGGAAGCCAAGGCGUUCCAGCUUGGACAGGCUGGUGAACGAGCCAAGAAGAUCGAGACAGUGCAAGAGAUUUACAAGUUGGAAUCGCAGCGAUUGGAAGUGGGUGAGGAUGACGAAGACUCAUCUAGCGAAGACACACCAGAGCAAUCCACCGACUCCUCAGAGAAUGGUCCGAAACUUGUCUUGAGGCGUACAGUGAAGGAGGUCGCAUCGUGGCAUCGUCCUAUCCAGUAUGCGGAGCCGUACGAUCCAGUGAAGAGGACCGGUGUGCUGGAGAUAUUCCGGCGGUUGUCAAAAUCUGUAACGGGCCAGUAUGAAGCCAUUGACGCCGCCCUGAGUGCUGUUCGAUGUAUGAUGGGCGGACUGACCGAUCCAUCAAGGCCGAUCGCCUCAUUUUUGUUCGGUGGACCAUCUGGCUCUGGCAAGACACUGUUGAGCAAGGAGCUCACCAAUUGUCUUCUCCGAUCGUCCGGCUGUUUGCCUGGAUCGUUUGGGAAGCUCGUCCGCAUUAAUGCUGCCGACUAUGCGGAGUCUCAUUCGCUCACUCGGUUGAUCGGUACGCCAGCCUGCACAGGCUUUGACAAGGGUGGGCAACUCACCGAGUGUGUGAGGCGCAGACCAUUCUCGAUUGUGCAUAUUCACGACAUUGAGAAUGCAUGCCCAGAGUUCAGGCUACAGAUUCAAACGAUUCUGGAUGAGGGAUCGUUGAGGGAUGGGUCAGGGAAAGUCGUGGAUUUCACGAACUGUAUUGUGAUAAUCACCACUAGCAUCGGCCAGGAUACCUCGGGCCGUGCGCCUCCUGGUGAAGAUGAGAAGCAAUGGGAACGGCAACAUUUCCUGGAUGCAAUACAUCGCUACUUCCCGAUUGAAUUCCUUGCUCGGCUCGAUGACUUGGUCGUUUUCAAACGGAUAGAUGCUGAAAUGAUGUCAUCUAUCGUGGAGGCGCGUCUCGAGGAGAUCAGGAAACUCCUGCUGGGCAUCAAGCUCCGUCUCGAAGCGGACGAUAAAGUGCGACUAUAUCUCGAGAUGCGCGGGUGGUCGCCCAUUUCAGGUGCGAGACAGCUCGAGAAAAUCAUCCGCUCGGAAAUUUUGCGCCCCCUCUCCCUCCUCAUUCUCGAGAAUCAGGUGCACGACAAUUGGACAGUGCGCCUUAAACACGAGGGCGGACGACUCAUCAUCGAGCCCGGCGAGCCUGUUGCUCCGAUCGUCGACGAAAGCAGCUCAUCAAGCAACACGGGCAGCUCGUCUCCCACCACUUCCUACAGCGAAUUAUCAGUGGACAGUAUCACAGCAGUGGGGGAUACGAGGGAUAGUUCCUCUACGUCUGUGGUGGAGAGCGCAUACAACAAUCUUCCAGCCCCUCCGCCCAUGCUGAAGCUUCUUCCGCAGAGAUUGUUCUGA